GGGCGGGGCUUCCCGCCUGGUCCUCGUGGAGGCGCUGAUUCUGGUCCUGGUCUCGUAGUCCCUGCGUAGUCCGCCGGAGGGAACUAGAACCUAGAGGAGCAAGAGAAGACACGUGUGCUCCGCACGGGAGCGGGUCUGAGGUUCGGUGUGAGCACGGCUGCGGGGAGCCGCUUUCGGGGCCUCCUGCCGGUCUCCGCCAUUAUCGCGCGUCCCCUGGCCCGGUUGAACCCGCAGAUUACUAUGGUGACGGCCAGGCUGAAGUACCCGGCCCAGGACAGUGUGACAUUUGAAGAUGUGGCCGUGUCCUUCUCCUGGGAGGAAUGGGGGCUCCUUGAUGAGGCUCAGAGACGCCUGUACCUGAAUGUGAUGCUGGAGAACUUGGCACUUGUGACCGCCCUGGGUUGCUGGCAUGGAGCAGAGGAUGGGAAGGCACCUUCAGAGCAGGCUGCUUCUAUAGGAGUGUCACAGGUCAGGACUCACCAUGCAGGCCCAUAUCCCCAGAAGGCACCCCUCUGUGGGAUAUGUUGUCUGGUCUUAAAAGACAUUUUGGGUGUGGCUCUGCAUCAGAGAACACGUCCCCAGUUGAGAUCUUACACAUGUAGGAAACAAGUCUGUUUCACUGCAAACCUUCGCCAGCAUGGGAAGCAGCACAGUGGAGAGAAACUGUUGAAAUGGGCUUCAUUUGUGAAGAGCUGCAGGUCCCAUGUGUCAGGGAAGUCCUUUACCAAUGGGGAGGUUGAUAAGGAUUUCCUCACUACUUCAGGCCGGCACCAGCACCAGGCCACUCAUAAUGGGCAGAAACCACACGGUUGCACCGUGUGUGGGGAAGCUGUUCCCAGUGGGAAGAGCCGUUGCAGUUGGUGUGAAUGCAGGAAAACCUUUAGCCACAAAUACACUCUUGCUCAACACCUGAGUGUCCGCACUGGAGAAAGGCCUUAUGAGUGCAGUGAAUGUGGGAAAUCCUUCACCCGAAGGUUUAACCUCUUUCAGCAUCAGAAAGUCCACACCGGAGAAAGGCCCUAUAAUUGCAAUGGAUGUGGGAAAUUCUUCACCCACAUCUCCAGUUUCAUUCAACACCAGAGAAUUCACACUGGGGCAAAGCCUUAUAAAUGCAGCAGAUGUGGGAAAUUCUUUGGCCAGAGCUCCAGCCUUAUUGUACACAAGAGAGUUCACACUGGAGAAAAGCCUUAUGAGUGCAGUGAAUGUGGGAAAUCCUUUAGCCAAAGUUCCAGUCUCAUUAAACAUCAGAGAGUUCACACUGGAGUGAGGCCUUACGAGUGCAGUGAAUGUGGGAAAUGUUUUGGUGACACCUCCAGCCUCAUUAAACACCGUAGAGUUCACACUGGAGAGAAACCUUAUGAGUGCAGGGAAUGUGGGAAAUUUUUUAGCCAAAGUUCUGGCCUCAUUCAACACCAGAGAGUUCAUAGUGGAGAAAGACCUUAUGAGUGUAAGAUAUGUGGGAAAUGCUUUACCCGCAACUCUGACCUCAUUCAACACAAAAGGGUUCACACUGGAGAGAGGCCUCAUGAGUGCAGGGAAUGUGGAGAAUUCUUCAGUGACACCCAGUUUGCUCAACACCAAAAAAUUCACAUCAGAAAAAGGUCUCAUGAGUGCAACAAAUGUGCAAAAGCUUUCAGCCGAAGGUCUAACCUCAUUAGACACCAGAAAGUUUACCACCACACAGAAAGGCCAUAUAUGUGCAGCAAAUGUGGGAAAGCCUUCAGUCAGUGGUCUGCUGUGAUUCAGCACCAGAAAGUUCACAACGCAGAUCGGCUUUAUGAGUGCAGUGAAUGUGGGAAAGCCUUUAGCCGAAGGUGUAACCUCAUCCGACACAAAAAAGUCCACACUGGAGAGAGACCUCAUGAGUGCAGUGAAUGUGGGAAAGCCUUCAGCCGGAAGUCUCACCUCAUUGGGCACCAGAAAGUUCACACAGCAAAGCCAUAGCCAUGCAAGGAGCAGGCUUUCUACAUGUUUGAUACAAUGACAUUGGAGGAGAGCCUUUGUGAGGGAGACGUCUUCCUGAAGUUGAACUCAUACAUCUGAAUAUACACGACAGGGAAGAUUCCCUGUAAGUUCCAGGUACGUGGGAAGCUUCUAGGAACCAUAUUGCGCUUCCUAACCGGCUUGGGGUCCUUGCUGAAAUUGUGUGACUGCCAGUUUUCGUAGUAUAAGUCAGCGCUACUGCCUAGAAAGGCCCCCAUGGUAUGCAUCAGUUAUCCCACUGUUUAGGGAAGUAGAUCUCUGUGUUCUGUCUGGAGAAAAGAAUGAGCAACCUGAGCCUUUAGAGUAACAUCAUUCCCUUUUCUCUGAUUAAUGUGUAUACCUGACCCAGUUUUCUCCCAAAAGACCUUAUCUGGGUUCUACUGGUGGCUUGCAGAGAAGGUUUGUCUUCAGGGACACUGUUUUCAUAUGACACUUGUGAUGGAUUUUUCCAGUCUCCAUGUCACCAACCCAUAAACUGCCUGCCUGACCUUGCUAUGACUUGUGCAAUAAUAAAGGCCUUA